GUUUUUAACCGGGAGUUCAAGGCGGUCCAGGUGAGCAGAACUCGGACCAACCCUACGUGUCCAAGUGGAAACAUUUCCACCAGAUGCUCUUCCUCUGCGAGUCGUUUGAGGAAGACGAUUUUCCUGACGCCCCACAAGAAGGAAGCCGGACUUCCUGCUCCGCCUCCUCCUUCGACGCCUGCAGCAUCAAGACGGAGAGCAACGCCGUCACCUGCUCCGCCUUCCAGGUGUUCCCCGCAGCUCCAGACCAGACCGAGCUAAAGGAUCCCAGAGCGGCGUCCGGAUCGCCGCCGGACAGGAAGCCCGCUUGGGUUCUGGUUCCGGCUGACGACCGGGCGAGCGGCGAGUCGCGCUGCCUCUGGAGCGAAGCCAAAGUUCAGCAGCUCAUCUCGUUUUACGCCGAGCACAGCUGCCUGUGGAACCACCGGGUCGACAGCUUCCGGAACCGGCUGCUGCGCCAGAGCCUGCUGGAGACGCUGAGCGGCCUGCUGUCCGCCGGAGAGCCCGUCCCGUUCACAGUGGAAGACAUCAAGACGAAGUUCAGGAACCUGCGGACCAUCUUCCAGCGGGAGCACAAGGCGGUGAGCGCCAACAGAACCUGCGGCUCCGAGGAUUUCUACCUGCCCAAGUGGAGGCACUACCUGGACCUGCUGUUCCUCUGCGACGCCGACGCCAAUGAUGCCUUUGCCCAGAACCCGUCCGUCCCGCCGUCACCGACCCCCCCGGACUCCUGGCUCUCCUGCUCUUCCUCCUCCUCCUCGUCUUCCACCAGCAGCAGGAAGCGAGCGGGUCGGUCGGCGGGUCGGCCGGCGGCGCCGGCGAGGAGCGGGCGGCGUGGCGAGGCGCCGCACGCCGGCUUCCUGAAGUACGUGGAGGAAUGUCUGAACGAGGCGCCGCCGCACAAAGUGAAGAAGAUGAAGAAGAAGAUCAUCCAGACGAUCCACAGCCUGGAGGAGGACGGAUGAAAAACACUGCAAAAAAUACCGUAGAGUUUACAGCAAAGUACUGAGCCCACUGAGACAAUAUGAAAAUAAAACAUAUGAGAAUUAUAUCAAAAUAAUAACAAUAAAGUCAAAAAGAUAAAAAAAAUAGUCAUCAAGUUAUGAGAAUAAAAUCUAAAUAACAUGAAAAUAAUCAUAAAACUAGUCCAGAUAAUUCAACAAUAAAGUCAUAAAAUUGCAAAAAAGUUCUACAAUUUUAAGAAUAAAGUUGAAAUAAUGUGACAAUGAAAAAAUAUAAAGUCAAAAUAAUACGAAAAAAGGUCUUAAGCAUUUUUUUUAAGGUAACAAUGGUAAUAAAAUUGUAACAGUCAGAAAAUUGCAAGAAAAAAUGUGGAUAAAGUCAUUAUUUGUCUUCUCAUAAUUUAUUUCAUUAUUUCUUAUUGUGGCCAUCAUUCAUGUUCAUAUUUAACAAUAUUUAAUGCUGUAUUUAAAGACUUUCUGUUAUUAGCACUGUAAUACUAACUAAUUCUGUGUCAGUGUUUUAGUUGAUACCGCAGUGCCUCUAAAUGUAUCAAUAAAUAUUUUAGUUUUGCUGUUAUAUUAAAUUUUUUGUGCUUUUAUUUUUAUCCUUUCUCAUCGUUAAUAUUCUGAGUUUAUUAUUAAAGUUCGGAGGUUA